AUGCUUUGGAAGGUUCGAGAAAUUUUGGACUAUGCUUCCAAGAAUAUUCCAGAAAAGAUCGCCAAAAUUGCCAAAGCUCUUCUGGCAGGCUUGCAUGGAAAUCCGUUGUCGAAUUAUGGUAAAAUUAAGGACGUCCUUGUGUCACUGAUUAACUUUUUAAAAGACAGCGAUGUCAGUGGCGAUGCGUCGAACGAAGUGCUGAGUGUAAUUGUUGCCGAGGCGCCAUCAUCGGUUCAGAACUUCCACAGCGUAAUGAAUGAUUUUCAUCGUAAUCUCAAAUGGUUCGAUGCAUUUCCGACUUUAAUGCAAAUAUUGAGCGGCGGCAAUUCCUUGUCUAAAGAUGACGAUUUUGACAAUGACUCGUCUGCUGCAAAAUCGAGGAUUGUUGAAGAAAUCUGUGAAGCUAAAUGGAGCAGCCUCGCUAGAGUAAAAGUUUUGUCCAUUCUCAGAGAAAUCUCACUUACAAAUGUCCAGUUGAAGAUGGUUUCAGCUCGUGCCAUAAGAGAGCUGAAGCUUGUUACGAUGGAGGAUUUGCCACCAUAUGUUUAUCAGCUGUUGCUGUUUUCAAGUUUGGUCGAAAAUCAAUCAGUCAUUAAAAAUCUUCUUUUCUAUCUUUCGAAACUUGCGGAAAAGUUGGUUCCUUCCAUCGACAAUUCUGCUGAGUCCGACAGUGGUUUGAAGGAGGCGUUGGGCACUGUGAUACUGCACUUUAUGUAUGUCGCGAGACAGAAUCAGGAAUUCGGUCAAUAUCUGAUCACUGCUUUUAAGGAAGACAGUUAUUAUGAAAUCGGUUUCUUUAAACUGGCAUUGGUGCUGGCCAUUUCCCGAACCAUGCGAUUUCAUGAUCAAGCUGUUUUGGCAGUCAAAAAUUCCUUUCUGCAGUGUUUGAAGGUUGCCGUCCGGCGAAGUUCUUCGCCGUGGCUGCAGCAGACGUUGCCGGCCCCUUGUGAUGUUGAACACAAGGUGAAGACAUUCGUUCAGCAAGGAACCUUUGGUUGGGAACACGUGACCGAAUCUCUUUGUGAAAUUGGUUUUGCAAUACUCGAAGGAACGACGAACAACAGUAACAAAUCGACUAAAUUCAUCAAAGACACUUUCAACUGGACGAACGUUUUUCAACAACGUUGCCGUCACGUGGCGAAACUGAUUAUAAUCCAGUGCUUUAAAAGUCGCACGAAGAUUAUCGAGGCGAUGUCACUGGUUACCGUGUUGCCUUCAGACAUAAUGAUUCCAUUUUUGGAAGCGCUUUUCGUGAUCGUCGAGUUAUGCACCCCGAUUCGAGACGCCUUAUUUUCCGUGCUGAAGAAUGGAAUCUUCUCCAAGGAACCAAAUUCACGAAAAGUUGCCGUAAAUGGUUUUGUGCUUUUCCUGGACCGUUUCCGCAUAAUCGAUUCGAUCAUGUCUUCGCAGUCAAGUCAGUUUUCACAAACGUUCCCAACUUUUUCCAGUAGUCAAGGAUUUUGUACUCUCGUCUCUAGAAACCAUAUUUUCGUCGAGCCGAUUGUCGACGUACUUCUUCCGCAUUUUGAACGAUAUUUGGAGAUGUCUAACGGUCUGCCUGAACGGCUGAAUCUUGAAUCUUGCGUAGCUACUUCCAAAGAGCAUAUGUCGCUGUUAGAACCGCUGGGUGUUCUUAUUCACUGUUUGACCAUGUGUUUGAAACUUUCUGCGGAUUUCUCCAUUUUCGAGAAUUGCACAACGGCGACUGAUGCUCCUAUCAGUAAAGUAAAGCAUUACUUGGAUUUACUGUGUGAAAAACUGAAAGAAGCUGAGUUGGAGGACUUUAAUCUGGUACGUAACCUUUUUUGA